AUGUUCUCGAAGCAGCUCAUCCUCGCUUUCCUUGCGUCUUCCGUGACCCUCGUGUCGGCUCAUUAUACUUUCCCCGCACUUCUUGUCAACGGCGCUGCCACUGGCAACUGGCAUAUCACCACCCAACAUCAUUACAUAGUCGAUUUCAGACAUCUCACAAUAUACACAGGUGACAGACGUCCUCGAGCCAGGAUAUCCGCUGCUACACCUCCGAGACCAGAGCCACUGCUCAAACUGCCACCGUUACCCGCCGGAUCCACAAUUGGCUUCCGCUCCGAUGACCCCAUCUACCACGACGGUGUCCUGAACAUCUACAUGGCCAAAGCUCCCGGCAGCGCGGCUAACUUUGAUGGCAGCGGCAACGUGUGGUUCAAGGUCCACGAAAUAAGCGCCGUUACUAAUGGCGGCAGGAGCAUUUCUUUCCCAGCUACCAACUUGCGAGACGUCACCUUCACCAUCCCCCGCAGCCUUCCAUCGGGCGAAUACCUCGUCCGCAUCGAGCACAUCGCCUUGCACAGUGCGAGUAGCUUCCAAGGAGCCCAAUUCUACAUCAGCUGCGCGCAGAUCAACGUCACCGGUGGCGGAAACGGCACCCCCGGCCCCCUCGUCUCGUUCCCUGGCGCCUACAACGGAAGGGAACCCGGCAUUCAGAUCAACAUCUACUACCCCAUCCCCACCCAAUACAUCCAGCCCGGCCCAGCUGUCUGGCGCGGAUAA